AUGUCAGAAGAGGGUUUUCUACAGUUUUUAUUGUAUUGUCCUAUCAAAGGAAAGAUAGCUUACAACAGUUACGGCAUGGCUUUUCCCGCUAAAGUACCGGACCCACCUAUUGGGUCCACCACAACACUAGGUCAAGCCAAUAUAACCACUCCACAACCCUCUACUACUACCUCUACCACAACCAACACUAGGUCAUAUCUCGAUGUCGCCACAGCCACUCCCGUCCCCGGUCAAGUACCAGUCGUUCUUUUCUCUAACUUGCCGACAUCUACGGAUCGCGUCUGGCGCGAAAGUACAUCUCGUCAUUCGGUAUUCUUCACCCCACCAACUGAUUCCACCCUUACCUACGGCGACGACGACCAAGACUCCCAGAAUAUCCUAACUGAUGACGAGAUGGCAGACGGCGAUCAUUCUUAA